AUGGUAAGGAAAGUUCCAUCUAAAAAUAGCAACAUGCUUAAGAAAGAACCUUCUGAAGUGGUUUGUUAUGAAUGCAAUAAGCCCGGCCAUAUCAAGCCUAACUGUCCUAAGCUGAAAAGGAAGUCAAAGAAAGAAAAGCCGAAGCAGGCAUUCGUAGCUGCUUGGAGUGACUCAGAUGUUUCUAAUUCAGAAAGUCAAAGUGACGAGGAGGAGAGUGCAAAUAUUUAUCUAAUGACCACUAUCAAUUCUGAUUCCAAGAAAAUCAGCACUCUGACUUCAACACAGAAAGCUGAAAGUAAUGAAACAAAUGCAACGGGCCAAAAACGUGAAGAAAGCAAUGUGUGCCUAAGGGGUGAGCUGAAAACAGAAAUGUGGUACAUGGAUAGUGCUUGCUUUAGGCAUAUGACUGGAACUAAAGAGAAAAAGAAUUCUAUUGAUCCUGAAGAAGAAACAGAAAAAGAAGAGGCAGUAGAAGUUGAAGAAGCUAGUGAUAUUGAUACAGAAAAGCUAGAACUAAGUGAAGAAGAAAAAGAGAUUGAGGUCAAGGCUAAAAAGGAAUCAGAGUUUCUGACAGCACAAAGGAGUAGUGCUGGGCAAAAUAGAAAAAGAACUCAUUGA